UUCUCCCUUCCAUCUUCUCCAAUCCCAUUGGCAAGAGUAGGGGAUGGCGUUUUGAAAGACUGGAAAGGAGAGGGGGCUUAGAGAAAGAUCUAGGUCGAGUUCCAGCUGUACCACUUACUAGCCCUGUCUCUUUAGGCAAAUCACCGAAGAAGGGGUGAGUAACUUGAAGAUACAAUUUAAAUUAUGAACUGGAGUGCCCGUGCUAAAUAAGAAAUUCAAUAAAGCUUUUAAGACAGGUGAUAAAUAAGAGGAAAACACAGGGCUCAAAGGACUAGGAUUUGAUAACAUUUGAAGAACUGUCACCAUGGGAGUGAGGACAUGAAACUGCUCAAUUAACUGGAAGGUAUUAAUUUAAGAGUUUAAUUAAUUUAAGGGACUUGGCAGUUUAACAGUUCGGGUGGUCCUUGCUGAUAAAUUCUGAGCGAGAACAUCAGAGUGAAAUGCUGGAGUGGAACAAGGUCAUGGGAGUUGAGGUCAGGGAUGGGAGAGAAUGCUGUCUGGGAUGGGUUUUAACUUUGCACUCACCCAGAAUAAUUGUGGUGUUGGGGAACAGAUGUGAAAGGAGCUUGUGAACUAGGAACACAGACCUUUAGGGACUUGGUAUGGAUUUGUGACCAGAGAUGACAUGACAAGAAGACAUAAAAGGUGACAUAUGCCAAUUGCAUGUGCUUCAAGAGUAAUGAUGGGGGCACAAUAACAUUUUAUGGGCUGAGGUAUAUGUUGGGUGUUGGUGGGGGAGAGAGGGAAUGAGGAAACUUGCCUGUACUUAGGAGGAGUCUGUUCUGAGCCAGGCGACACGUGAACUCUACCUCAUUUAAUCCGUACUGCAGUCCUCUGAGAUUGGUUCUGAUAUCCUCGCUUAGCAGAAGAGUAAUGAAAGAUGAAUUGCCGUUUUUUCUUUCUUACAGCUCGUAAGUAUGGGACUGGGAGUAACUCUUGGGAAGGUGGAAGAAAGGAGAAGUGGUUUGUAUCAGAGGAAUAUUUUUGUGAUAGAACAUGUAUUACAGCGGACACUAGGUCAAUCCUGAACCCUUAUAUAGUGGACUUCAAUACACGUUUGUUGAAUUAAUCUAGAUUUUUAGAGGUAUUUCAUUUUCUAAUCUUACUUUUCCAUAGGUCCCGUUUAUUCCAUCUUUUGAUUAUUUUUCCACACUGAAGCUUGAAUAUUGAUUCAUGGACAAGAUGACAGAUGUGUCUUCUUCCUCCUACUUUUCUGAUUUUGGGCUGCUCCUAUAUUUGGAGGAGCUAAACAAAGAGGAAUUAAAUAUAUUCAAGUCAUUCCUGAAGAACGAGACCGUGAGACCUGGGUCCCGCAGGAUACCCUGGUCUGACGUGAAGAAGGCCAAGCGGGAGGAUCUGGCUAACUUGAUGAACCAGUAUUACCCGGGAGGGCAGGCCUGGGAUGUGGCUCUCAAAAUCUUUGGCAAGAUGAACCUGAAGGGCCUGUGCCAGAGAGCAAAAGCAGAGAUCAGCUGGAUAGCCAAGACGGUGAGACCAGAGGACACCGGGGCCAGAGAGGUACAAGGUCAUCAAGAAGCUGUGCUGGGUGAUGGAACAAAAUACAGAAUUCAAAUAGAGGAAAAAUUUCGCUUCAUGUCGAAUAAGAACUGUUUGCUUGCAGAAUCUGGAAAUUUCUGUCAUGAAAUCACUCAGGAGAGCCGAGAACUGUUGGAACGUUUGUUUGGUGAGGAUGUCAGAACCGGCGUGCAGCCGCAGACAGUGGUCCUUCAGGGGCCUGCUGGAGUCGGGAAGACAACCUUGGUGAGAAAGAUGAUGUUAGAUUGGGCACAGGGCAAUCUCUACCAGCAGAAAUUUACCUAUGUUUUUUAUCUCAAUGCAAGAGAAAUUAACCCAUUGAGAGAGAAAAGCUUUGCUGAAAUGCUGUCAGAUGACUGGCCCAGCACAGAAGGGCCCAUCGAGAGAAUUAUGUCCCAGCCGAGUGGUCUCCUUUUUAUUAUUGAUAGUUUUGAUGAACUACACUUCGCCUUUGAGGAACCCGAGUUUGUGCUGUGUGGCGACUGGACCCAGGUACACCCUGUGUCCUUCCUCGUGAGUAGUUUGCUGAGAAAAGUGAUGCUCCCUCAGUCGUCCUUAUUGGUGACGACAAAACUCACAGCUUUUAAGAAACUAAAGCCUUUAUUGAAGAGUCCGCGUUCUAUACAGCUACUAGGUAUGUCUGAGAAUGCAAGAGAGGAGUAUAUUUGCCAGUUUUUUGAAGAUGAGAGGUGGGCCCUGCAAGUGUCCAGUUGCCUAAGAAACAAUGAGAUGCUUUUCAGCAUGUGCAAAGUCCCCCUGGUGUGCUGGGUCAUUUGUAAUUGUCUGGAGCAGCAGAUGGAGAAGGGUGGUGAUAUCACGUUGACCUGCAGGACAACCACAGCUCUGUUUACCUGCUGUAUCUCUAGCUUGUUCACACGUGUAGAUGGACGCUUUCCUAGUCUACCCAGCGAAACCCAGCUGAGGAGCCUGUGUCACUUGGCUGCCAGGGGAGUAUGGACUAUGACUUAUGUGUUUUACAAGGAGAAUCUCAGAAAGCAUGGGUUAGUUAAAUCUGAUGUCUCAGUUUUCCUGGACAUGAAUAUUCUUCAAAGGGAUGCAGAGUAUGAAAACUGCUAUAUGUUCCCCCACCUCCACAUUCAGGAGUUUUUUGCAGCUAUGUUUUAUAUGUUGCAAGACAGUUGGGACACCGGGGACAAUUCCUUCCAGUCUUUUGAAGACCCAGAGCUGUUACUUGAAAGCAGCAGUUGUAAUGACCCCCACUUGCUGCAGAUGAAAUGCUUUCUGUUUGGCCUUUUGAAUGAAGAUCUAGUAAAACAACUGGAGGAAACUUUCAACUGUAAAAUGUCCUUGGAGAUGAAAUGGAAGACACUACAGUGGAUGGAAACACUAGGAAACAGUGACCCUUUUCCAUCACACCUGGUUUUUCUGGACUUGUUUCACAUUCUAUAUGAAACUCAAGAUGAAGCCUUUAUAAACCAGGCAAUGAGAUACUUCCCAAAGGUUGUCAUUAAUAUUUGUGAGGAAAUCCAUUUGCUCGUGUCUUCAUUCUGCCUGAAGCAUUGCCAGUACUUACGGACCAUUAAACUGUCUGUAACUGUGGUAUUUGAGAAGAAGGAGUUAAACUCCAGCCCCCAAGCUGAAACUUGGCAAAGGGAUGGUGGUCGCAUUACUCGUUGGUGGCAAGAUCUCUGUUCUGUGCUUCAUACAAAUGAACAUUUGAGAGAACUGGACCUGUGUCAUAGCAACCUUGAUAAAUUAGCAAUGAAGACUUUUAAUCAAGAACUAAGGCACCCAGACUGUAAACUACGAAAACUACUGUUGAGAUUUAUUUCUUUCCCUGAUGCUUGUCAGGAUAUCUCUAGUUCUUUGACUCAUAACCAGAACCUGAUGCAUCUUGACCUGAAAGGAAGCGAUAUAGGGGAUAAUGGAGUAAAGUCACUAUGUGAUGCCUUGAAACACCCGGAGUGUAAACUACAGAACCUGAGCUUGGAAUCCUGCAGCCUAACUACGGUUUGUUGUCUAAAUAUCUCUAAGGCUCUCAUCAGAAGCCAGAGCCUGAGAUCUCUGAAUCUAUCGACUAAUAACCUACUGGAUGACGGAGUGAUGCUGUUGUGCGAGGCCUUGAUGCAUCCAAAGUGUUACCUGGAGAGACUGUCCUUAGAACACUGUGGCCUCACAGCAGCUGGCUGUGAGGAUCUGUCUUUGGCUCUCAUCAGCAAUGAACGGCUGACACAUUUAUGCUUGGCGGACAACGUCUUGGGAGAUGGUGGAGUCAAGCUUAUUAGCCAUGCCUUGAAACAUCCACAGUGCACUCUACAGAGCCUUGUGCUGAGGCGCUGCCACUUCACGUCACUCAGCAGUGAGUGUCUCUCUGCCUCGCUCCUGCGCAACAGGAGCCUGACGCAUCUGGACCUGGGGUCCAACUGCCUGCGAGACGACGGAGUGAAGCUUCUGUGCGACGCCUUCCGGCGUCCAGGCUGCCGUCUCCAGGCCCUGGAACUGAUGGGUUGUGUUCUCACCAGUGCAUGUUGUCUGGAUCUGGCCUCUGCUAUUCUGAACAACCCAAACCUGCGGAGCCUGGACCUUGGGAACAAUGACUUGAAGGAUGAUGGAGUCAAAAUUCUGUUUGAGGCUUUGAGACAUCCAGACUGUAAUAUUCAGAGGCUUGGGUUGGAAUACUGUGGUUUGACCGCCCUCUGUUGUCAGGAUCUCUCCUCUACCCUGAGCAGCAACCAAAGACUGAUAAAAAUAAACCUGACCUUGAAUACCUUAGGGCAUGAAGGAAUUAAGAAGUUAUGUGAAGUCUUGAGGUCUCCUGAAUGUAAACUGCAGGUUCUAGGGUUGUGCAAAGAGGCAUUUGACGAGGAAGCCCAGGAGCUGCUAGAAGCGGUGUGCAGCAGCAACCCACACCUUGCCAUUAAGCAGGACUGUGAUGACCAUGACGAAGAGGACGGCUCCUGGUGGCGGUGUCUCUGACUCAAAAAACCUGGUAGUCUUGAACAGAGCCAAAUAAA